AUGUCUUAUAAUAAUAGUAGUAAUAAAAGAUUACAAUUAGUAGUCCUUGGUGCGGGUGGUAUUGGUAAAACAGCGUUGGUUAUUCGUUAUUUUCAAAAUCAUUUCGUUGAAGAGUACGAUCCAACUAUUGAAGACUCCUAUAGAAAACAAUGCAUGGUUGAUGGUUCUCAGUAUAUGUUGGAUAUUUUAGAUACUGCUGGUCAAGAUGAUUAUUCAGCCAUGAGAGACCAAUAUAUACGUAAUGGAAGUGGUUUUUUAAUUAUAUAUGAUAUAUGUUGUAGAUCAUCAUUUGAAAAGUGUCCAGAAUUUUUUGAACAAAUUCAAAGAGUCAAAGAGCUAGAUUCCUUUCCAUUUGUUUUAAUUGGCAAUAAAGUUGAUUUAGAAAGUCAAAGACAAGUAUCUACUGUUGAAGGAAAUGAAUUGGCAAAGUAUUAUAAUGUUCCAUUCUUUGAAACCUCUGCUAAAAACAAAACCAAUGUAGAAGAAUGUUUUUCCGAAUUGGUACGUUGCAUUAAAAGACACAACCAGCAAUCAAAAAGAGAUGAAAAAAAUAAAAAUAGUGAUAAUAAUGAAAAUAAUAAUGGUAACAAUAAAGAUAAAAAACAAAAAUUAAGUCUAAAGAAAAAAUUAUUUUAUAGUAUAUUUUGUGGAAGUAAUCCAACUGAUUAG